AUGAACGACUCAGCAACGGUUGACGCGUACGGUUUUUCGUACGAAGACGACGAAGAACUAAGUCCUUGCGAUAUGGACAGUGUUAAUUUUAAUUGUUCCUUGGACGAUUAUUUAUAUUACAUGUUAGGACCAAGACAAUUACCUUUGGCUUAUGCUAUUCCGGUGACAGUUGCUUAUACAGUGAUUUUUUUUACCGGUGUCUUAGGAAAUGCAGCAGUUUGUGUCGUGAUUGCCAAACAUCCUUCGAUGCAUACGGCUACCAAUUAUUAUCUCUUCAGUUUGGCUGUGUCGGACUUGAUGCUUCUUUUACUUGACUUGUUGCACAAACUCCAAGCGAACAACAUGCUUCGUUUGGAAUAA